CCCGUGCGCUGCUCCUUCUCCUACCCCGGGGUGGGCUGGAACAACUCUGACCCGGUUCACGGGUACUGGUUCCGGGACGUGGCCAAUGUAAACACGAACAAGGAUGCUGCAGUGGCCACGAACGACCCGGCCAGGACAGUGCGGGAGGAGGCCCGGGGCCGAUUCCGCCUCCUCGGGGAUCCCAGGACCGAAAACUGCUCCCUGGACAUCCGCGACGCCAGGAGGAGUGACCAGGGGACGUACUUCUUCCGGGUGGAGAGAGGACCCAUUGUGAAGUGGAACUACUGGGGGACCAAGCUCUACGUGCGCGUGAAGGGCCCCCUGACCCAUAUCCACGUCUGGGGGACCCUGGAGUCCGGCCGCCCCACGAACCUGACCUGCUCUGUGCCCUGGGCCUGUGAGCAGGGGACACCCCCCAUCUUCUUCUGGUCGGGGACAUCCGUGUCCUCCCUGGGGCCCUCCGUCACUCGCUCCUCCGUGCUCAGCCUCACCCCGAGGCCCCAGGACCACGACACCAACCUCACCUGUCGGGUGACCGUGCGUGGGGCCAACGGGACUGACGUGACCCUGAUGGGGACCAUCCGCCUCAAUGUGUCCUACGCCCCACGGAACUUGAGCGUAACUGUCUUCCGAGGGGAC